GCGACUGCAGAGGCGGCAGAUGCCCGACUCCCAGCCGCCGCCGGUGGAUACUCUCUCCGAGACGCACCGCCCAGACGCCGUCGCCGCCCCUCCGUCACGACCGGAUCAGAGCAGGAGUGGGGGGUCUUAGUUCAAAUUUUUUUUAAUAUUUUUUUCUUUUUUUUUUUUUUUUUUCUUUUUUUUGGGGACUUGGAAUACCAGGCAUCAAUCGAGAAAAACAAAACAAAAAUCCUGCAUCCUGCCGCUUUGGAAUAUACAUGCGUCAAACCAUGGAGGUUAUAUGACACGGAUUUAUUCUUUUAUUUUGUUCAUUAUUUAUUUCACUCAUGGCCACUUUAUGAUCUCACACCCCUACACACACACACACAGACACACACACACACACACUCUCACACACACAUUCCACGUUGAAUUUCUCCUUAUUUCUUUGAAUAAUUUUCUUCCACGGGAUGCCACGGCGCGCAGGAGGAGAAGAGCCCGGAAUGAAUGAAUGAAUGAGCGCCAGUCUCUCCCUCUCUCUUUCUCUCUCGCCCCCCCACCCGAGACGUGCCAUGGAUGAGAAACUUAAUUUGGAUCCACGGAACCGAUCGGGGAUGACUCGUUCCAUCAAAUAACUACUUCUGACGGCGAUCAGGACGAAUGUCAUAGGAUGACCACUGCUGGUGGGGUGCAUCUGUCUGUGCUGUCCUCUCUCCUGGCCGCGCUGGGGGCCCUGGCCGCUGUGUCCGCCCUGGCCGUGGCUCCGCUCUCCACCCUGGCCAACCUUGCCUACGGGGCUGCCGAUGUCACCCCGGUGCCCGGGGUAACGGCAGCCCCGUCGCCAUCGCCGUGCUCCAGCCUGGUCGCCGGGGUGCUCUAUGGCUCUUUCUCCCUACGGGAGCUUUUCCCCUCCAGGGCUCCGGGUUGUUCCUGGUCCCUAGAAAACCCGGACCCCACCAAGUACUCCCUAUACCUCCGCUUCAACCGCCAGCCGUCCAUCUGCCAGACUCACUCCCCCAUGCUGCUGUCCCUGGAUCACCACCUGGCCAAUCAGAGCUGCCCGCUUCACUUGGAGACGGCGUCCGAGCGGGAUCAGGAGGUGGUAGAUCUCUGCAGUAGCCCGUCCGACGCGGAGGCCCCCUACUCCUUCCUGCAGUUCGAUAAGAACUUUGUCCAGCUGUGUCUAACCAGGCACCCGGCCGCAGAAGAGCCUCGGCUGUCCAAGGAUUUACUGGAGACCAGACUAGUGGAGGUGCUCCUCAUCAACAAUGAGAACUCCAGUCAGUUCACCUGCGGCGUGCUCUGCAGAUGGUUCGAGGAGUGUUUUCGGGGCGGGGACCGCAGAGACGAGGGUGUUCCGAGCCGAGACGGCUGUGGUCUGACCCAAACAGGCUGCAUAUGCCCGAAUCAUAACAUCAUGCCGCCUUCCGUCCCGCUGCUCCCGGAGACGCCCCACACUUUCAGCAACGGAUCGACGGUUCCCGACGACUGCUGCGUCACGGAGCUGCAUUCCAACGACGCCAUCGCCAUCGCACCCAGAGAUGUCAGAGAAGACCCGUACGACGACGACGACCUGAGGGUGAAGACGCAAAGACCAAGAUCAGCUGACCAGCCAGGUGUGUUUCAGGCACAAACAGGCGACCCAGCAGCCGAGGAGUGGUCCCAGUGGAGCGUGUGUUCCCUCACAUGUGGCCACGGCUGGCAAGUGAGGACGCGCUCGUGUGUUUCCUCUCCUUACGGGACGCUGUGCAGCGGCGCCCUGCGAGAGACGCGCAUGUGCAACAAUACAGCUUCCUGUCCGGGCGAACCAGGGAUCAUAAGCUCAGUGCAUGGGCUUUGGGACGAGUGGUCCUCGUGGAGUCUGUGCUCGGCGACCUGUGGGCGGGGCUCCAGGACUCGGACCAGGAAGUGUGUGACGGAAGGCGGGGCGGUGCCCUGCGGCUGGCCCGAGACACAGACCAAGCUCUGCAACAUAGCCGUGUGUCCCGUGGAGGGCAAGUGGUUGGAGUGGGGCCCCUGGUCAAGAUGCAGCGUCUCCUGCAACACGGGCACCCAGCAGCGGCAGAGACGCUGCAGCGCCUCCGUGCACGGCUGGGCCGAGUGCAAGGGCCCCCAUCAGGAGAGCAGAGAGUGCAGCAACCCUUCAUGCACGGGAGGGGGUAACUGGGGCAGCUGGAGCCACUGGAGCCUCUGCAGCAAGACCUGCGACUCGGGCUGGCAGCGGCGCUCCAGGGUGUGCGAGGGCCAGGGGGCCCAAGGGUACCCCUGUGAGGGCUCGGCGGAGGAGGUCCGGUCCUGUAACGAGAAGAAAUGCCCCGCUCCUCACGAGAUCUGCAAGGAGGAGAACCUCCUGGGCAUAUCGUGGAAGAGAGCCUCUGCUGGAGAAAGUGUUUACAACAAGUGUCCAACAAACGCUACUGGAUCUGCUAGUCGUCGUUGCCUGCUGGACAAUAAUGGCGUUGCUUUCUGGGGUCCUCCGAGCUUCGCCAGAUGCAUCUCACUUGAAUAUCGAUAUUUGCACAUAUCUUUACGAGAGCAUCUCGCGAAGGGUCAGAGGACCCUGGCCGGGGAGGGCAUGUCUCAGAUCGUAAGAAGUCUCCUGGAGCUCUUGCAGGGGAGGAGCUACUACAGUGGCGACCUUCUCUUUUCCACGGAGAUCUUGCGAAAUGUGACGGACACCUUCAAAAGAGCAACCUACAUCCCAGCUCCUGACGACGUGCAGAAAUUCUUCCAGAUAAUCAGCCUGAUGUUGGACAUGGAAAACCUCGACAAGUGGGAGGAUGUGCAUCAGGUCGCUCCCGGCGCUGCCCUGCUGAUGAGAACUCUGGAGGAUUUCAUCCAUCUCAUCGGCGAGGCCCAAAAGCCUUUUCAGAGUUUCCUGGUGGUGACCAACAACCUGAUGAUAACCAUCCAGCGAGAGCCUGUGUCAGCGGUUUCCAGCGAUAUUAACUUCCCCAUGAAGGGCCGCAGGGGGAUGAAGGACUGGGCCAGGACAGCCGAGGACAAGCUCUACAUACCCAAGGAGGUCUUCACCGUCCCAAAUGAAGAGGCGGAGACGGACUCGGAGGCGACCAUGUACUACGUCAUCGGAGCCAUCCUGUAUCGAACCUUGGGCGCCAUUUUGCCGCCACCAAGCCAACCGGCCGUGAUCAACUCCAAGAUCCUGACGGUGACCAUCCGACCCGAGCUGCAGCCCAGGGAUCCGGUGGUGGUGGUGGAGCUCGCCACGCUUUUCAACGGCACAUCCGACCCUCAGUGCGUGGUGUGGGACUACAGCAACCCGGAAGCUGGCGCCGAGAACUGGGGCACAGAAGGCUGUCAAACGCUGGCAUCGAGCAGCGUCCAAAGCAAAUGCGUGUGCAGCAGGAUCUCCACCUACGCCGUGCUCGCGCAGCAAGCUAAGGAGCCGGAAAUGGGUCCCACCAGCAUGCCCUCGGUGCCCCUCAUGGUGGGCUGCGGGGUCUCCUGCACCGCCCUCCUCGUCCUGCUUCUUAUCUACGCCGCCUUCUGGAGGUACAUCCGCUCGGAGAGGUCCAUCAUUUUGGUGAAUUUCUGCCUCUCCAUCCUGGCCUCAAAUUUACUGAUUUUGGUGGGACAAUCACAAACGCUCAGCAAGGGCCUGUGUGCCGUGACUGCUGCCUUUCUCCAUUUCUUCUUCCUGGCCUCCUUCUGCUGGGUGCUGACGGAGGCCUGGCAGUCCUACCUGGCGGUCAUCGGCAAAGUGAGGUCACGACUCAUUCGCAAGCGCUUUCUGUGCCUCGGCUGGGGUCUUCCAGCCUUGGUUGUGGCAGUGUCAGUCGGCUUCACCAGAGCAAGAGGCUACGGCACAGCAAGCUACUGCUGGUUAUCCCUGGAGGGAGGUCUGCUUUAUGCCUUUGUUGGACCCGCAGCUGUCAUAGUCUUGGUGAACAUGCUCAUUGGAAUCGUGGUGUUCAACAAGCUCAUGUCUCGGGACGGCAUCUCAGACAAGUCAAAGAAGCAGCGAGCGGGUGUCCCGGUGGAGGCGCGUAGCCGACUGCUGCUGAAAUGCUCCAAGUGUGGCGUGAUCUCGAGCACCGCUAUGUCCAGCUCUACUGCCAGCAGCGCCAUGGCCUCUCUGUGGAGCUCCUGUGUGGUUCUUCCCCUGCUUGCCCUCACCUGGAUGUCAGCAGUGUUGGCCAUAACGGACCGCCGCUCCACACUUUUCCAGGUCCUCUUUGCCGUUUUUGACUCGGUCCAAGGUUUUGUCAUCAUCACCGUGCACUGCGCCAUGCGGCGAGAGGUGCAGGAUGCCAUGCGCUGUCGGAUGGGCGGGUGCAAAGACGACAGCGAAAACUCCCCGGACUCCUGCAAGAACGGACAGGUGCAGAUCAUGAAGUACCCAAACGCCGCCUACCCCGGCCAGCGCUGCGGCUCCUUGCGUUACGGCAGCGGCCCGCCGGUGCUGCCGCCAGGGGCGUGCCAGGAUCAGGCCCAUUGCCACAGUCUUCCCCGCAGCCUCGACCACCGCCACAUUCUCGGAUACGCGCACGAGCAGAGCCCCGUCCCCAACAAUACCCACGAUCACAACCACGUCGGCUGCCACGCAACCGACUUUGAGAAGGACGUGGACCUGGCGUGCCAAACAGAGAGAGGACAUCCAUUCAUUUUCAAGGAGGUGAACACAUGUAACCCGGCCACCAUCACAGGCACCUUGUCCCGGAUAUCCCUUGACGACGACGACGACCCCAAACUCACAGCCCAUCAGGAGGGCGGAGUCAACUUCAACUCUCUCCCUGGCAACAUCCCGCCUCCCAACCUCAUCGUGCAGGUUCCCCCGCUCGGAGGUCUUAACGAGCUGAGCGAGACGAAGAAGGAGGUGAACGUGGACCAGCAGAGGCAGCAGCAGCGUUGCGGCGCCCCCAUCUACCUGUGCACCGAGAGUGGCCUCGGGUGGGCUCGGCCGCCCGCCUCCUCCAACACCUCCCAGGAUGGGAGCGCCGGGAGUGGGGGGAGUGGUGGAGGCGGCGGCAGCGGCGGAGAGGGGGACUACAUGGUCCUGCCUCGACGGACAGUCAGCAUCAAGCCUCCAACGCCGUCCUCCCAAGGAAUGGGCCUGGGACUGGGAGGAGAGGACAAGCCUCUCAACAUCGCAGUGGAGGACCCCCCCUUCCCGCCUCCCCCCUCGCCGCUGACCCUCCAUCCCGCCGAGAGCGAGGCCUACCCGGCGGAUUUUGUGCCGUCCAGCAUGGGCGACAUGAACAUCAGCAUGAACCUCAACCGCUCGUAUGGGACAAUCAAAACGCUGCCGCACGGACACGGCCACAUGAUGGCACAGGCGGGCGGUCUGGUGCGCUCCCACGGGGGCCACGUGCACCCGCAUUCGCUGCAGCUGAAGCCGGGCCAGAGACCAUCAGUGAGACAGAUUCUCACAGGGGGGAGCACGGUGGAGAGGACCAGGACCCUGCCGCGCAACCUGGGCAGCAACAACGCCAACGCCGGCCUCUCUGCAGGAUCUUUGGAGAGGAAAAGAGUACGAUACUCUGAGCUGGACUUUGAGAAAGUGAUGCACACUCGCAAAAGACACUCUGAGCUGUACCAUGAGCUCAACCACUCCUCCAAGUUCCACACCAUAGACAGGUAUAGCAGGGACCCGGCCAUGUCCACCUUCAAGGACAAGUCAACCCCGGACGAGCGGACCUCGUGGGACAGCUUCAAGACCAUGACCCCUGAGCUGACCAUCGUGCCGGGCGAGCAGAAAGACCGCAUGGAGCUGCACAAUAAGAACUGGGACUCGUCCUCCGCAAACACGCCGGACUCCUCCGAGGGUGACUUCCAGACUGAAGUGUGAGAACACCCCCUUGUACACACAAACACACACACACACACACACACAUACACACACACAUUCUCGGACUUGUGUGGGAGAAAAAAAGAUGGACUUGAGAAGAUGGCACACACACACACGAGCGCGCGCGUGUUUCCGACGGAUCCCGGGCUCACUUUGUAAAAUGGACACAGAGGAGGAGACUGUUCUAAACUAUAUUUUCACAGAGACUAUUCAAAAAGAAAGAACAGAAACUUGGCACGGCGGACGCCAUUUUUAAGUCGACUAUGUAUUUCAGAGAAAAUGUUUAUCGCGGCCUACAAAAAUUCCACAGGAGAAAAAAAAAAGUUUGAUGAUUUGCAGAAGAGUGAAGAAAUUAUGUUGUUGUUUUUUUUUUAUAUAGCGAAGGAAGGGGAAGAAAUGUCUCACUGUUUGCUCCCGCCUCCAAGCACUUUGCUUUUCAUUUCUUUCCCCGACCCUUCCAAUGGACGACCCACUCAACCUCGCCCUCUUUUUUCCUUACGUUUAUAUUGUCUUUGUUUGUUUGUUUGUUUUCCCUUCAUUUUUGGGAUGCCUGGGAACAAGCUGCUCACUAACAUGUGCCAUCCUCUUCCUGUUCAGGUCCCAAGCCCCCCAAGCCCCCCAACCCCCCCCCCCCCCCCCCUCCCUUCACACACACGCAGUGUUUAACAUUGUAUUCCACAUUUUUCUGUCUUUUUCUAUGGCUUAAUUAAAAAAAAAAAAAGAAGUCCUCCCAUAUGGUUUGAAACUUUUAAUGAAAAAUGAUUGAAACAAGCGACCGAGCGAGUUGUGUUUUGUGCUCAAACCGCCCGAGCGGAAUUAAGCUAUUUUUCACACGCUUUUCAUUAUUAUUAUUUUUUUUUUGUGUGGUUGUUUCAUUUCCUGCGAGAAUUAACUCAUGUGGAAGUCCCUAGG